CGCUCUCACAAAGGUUAGCGUAUGAAAACAACUGCUGAUAACUGGUUAACAAUUGGUAUAAUAUUGUGAUUAUUUACAAACAAACGCAGACGAUAAAUACCAAUCACCGAGAUUAACAGAUUAAAUAUUAUGGUUUUGUUUUACUUUGAAAAUUACUUCAAAGAUUGGCGAAAAAAAAAUACGGAUUACAAUCUUCUGUUUGUGUUCUCUUUAAUCUGAUAAGAAUAUAAACCUGGCAUGGUUUCAUGCCAAGUAAGGUCAAUUUAUAUCCUCGGUUGACAUUUCUCUUCUAAUGUAUAUAGCUUUGAUAGCUACGUACGGUCACUUCUUCUUUGAGGAUAAUUGUAGGAGUUUUAUUGCGGAUUUUUUAAUUAAAAUAUUCGUUGUAGUUGUAGCAGACGACAAUGUCUGAGAAAUCGGACGAAGUUAAACCCAACGGAGCUCCUUUGAGUUACAGCGAAUAUUUACAGCUUGGGAAAUUGUUAGACUGUCAGACUGUUCAGAGUGAGAAGGCGGGAAGCGCCGUGCAUGAUGAGCACCUGUUCAUUAUUACACAUCAAGCGUACGAAUUGUGGUUUAAGCAGAUGUUAUUUGAGAUAGACUCUGUGAGGAAACUUUUCAUGACACCCUCAAAGACACUAGACGAGGGUAAGACAUUAAAUAUCAUCAACAGAUUAAACCGGGUCGUGCUUAUCCUCAAGUUGCUUGCAGACCAAUUCGAGAUUCUAGAAACAAUGACACCCCUCGACUUUCUCGAGUUUAGGGGUCACUUGUCAACGGCGUCAGGCUUUCAGAGUUUACAGUUCCGUUUGUUGGAAAAUAAACUAGGACUGAAAGAGGAACACAGAAUAAAGUACAAUCAGCAACAUUAUAAAAGGGUGUUUAAUGACGACGUAUCUAUUGGCCAACUUCAAGAUUCCAUGGAAAACCCAUCCUUGUUCCAGCUUGUUGAGUCAUGGUUAGAACGGACGCCUGGACUGGACAGGUCCGAGUUUCAUUUUUGGGAAAGAUACCGGAGGUCGGUAAACAGAUGGAUUGAUGAUUGUUGGUUGAAGGCGGCCAUGGACGAGGAUGACCCUGUUAAGAAGGAGACCAAGAUGCUCGAGUAUAAGAAACAGAUUGACACGUUCGAGUCUAUCUUUGAUCCAAAACAACACCAGGUGCUCGUUGAACGCGGUGAUCGUCGCUUCAGUCACAAGGCGUCACAGGGAGCACUGAUGAUAUCAUUGUAUCGUGAUGAACCCAGGUUUCAUCAACCUUUCCAUAUCCUCACACUUCUAACUGAUAUAGACUCCCUCAUGAUUAAAUGGAGGGCUAAUCACGUGACAAUGGUACAGAGAAUGAUUGGAAGUAAGGUUGGUACUGGAGGUUCGUCAGGGUAUCAGUAUCUUCGCUCUACAAUAAGUGACCGCUACAAAGUAUUCUUAGAUCUCUUCAAUUUAUCAGCGUUCUUGAUUCCACGUGUUUAUAUUCCACCGCUUACUUCUACCAUGAAAAGAACACUGAGUAUCUUAUCACACGAGCAGAUUGAAGAACUUGACGCCGACUUCGAGCAAAGUCAGUUGUCUUCUGAUUCUGACGAUGCAGGCGACAAAAGUAACACACGCGCAAAUGGCACCACGCAGGAAAAAGACGCAAUUAUUGAAUUCUUGUGAAUAGUGAAAAACAGUGACUUGAUUUUUUGUUAGAUGAAAACGAGCAAUGUUUCUUUCAGUUUUAAAUUUUCAAUUGAGUUUUCAAUUUCAUUUGGGAAAAGCAAGGGAUUAUGUGUGUUUGGUGUAUUUUGUUAUAUUGUAUAUAAGUCUUUCUACAUAAACAAAUGUCAUUGAUACAACAGCAUAGAAAAACAACGCUUCAUUUAUUUUAAUGAUAUUUUGUAUUCGGAUACGGUUGAUAUUACAUUUCGUUAUUUGUUUUAUAUUUUAUAUGCUAAUAAAUCUUGUUGUUAUUA